CAGAGGCAAGAGAAGAACAGCAACAUCAAGAGGGAAUUCCUCCUCAUAGAUACCUGAAGUCAAAGAGGCUCCAAACCCAGAUCCUGAGGCCUAUUCUAAGAGUUGACACAGAUCCCAUUGAUCUUAUGUUACAGUGACAGCUACAGUAUGGAAAGAAAACACCUGAAGAAAGAGAUUGAAAAACUCCUGGGAGAUUAUGUUGGCAUCAGGCUACGAGAAAAUGAAUUUGAUCCAAGAGGACAAAGGCAGCCCACCUUUCUAGAUGACACGGUCCACUACAACUUAGCCUUCAGUGUUGCUUUGCUGUGGCUAAGUGACUUGGGUGCUCAGACUACACUGACAAGAGAGAAAAUGAAUUUUGCAGCUCGCAACAGAUACAUGUAUCCCAAUCGAAUUGAGAGAGAAGCUAUGAUAUUAUCUUCAUAUGCCGGAAUAUUAAUGAACAGCAUUCCUAUUGAAGAGAUCUUUGAGAUUUACAGCAUGAGGCCCCCAGCAACACACUGGCAGAGCUCUGCAAAUGACCACUGGAUUCAACCUUUCAAGCUCUCCCUGCAUCCAUUUGCCAUGCUGACUGCCCCUGAAGCUGCAGAGUAUGCCUGGAAGCAUAGCACCAAGUACCAGACAGCAACAGCAUAUCAAAAGACCGACUCUUGUUCAGCAAGGAGCACUAAAAAAGACAGCAAGCAACUGAUCAGAGGAAAACAACAGGUUUACAAAGAGGUGUCACUCAUGAGCUGGGAAGUCAACUCCAGUAAUAUUCAACAUACACAUGGAAGGCACUCUUGGGAGCUACAGAAGCAAAACAAGGAAUAUCUCUGGAGAAGCCUGGAACAGAUUCAAAGGCAAGGAAUGCAAAGGAAGCAAAGACAUAACAGAGACCCAGACUUCAUGUGCCUCACUUAGCCAUAUGUGAGCUAACUGACAUCAUCUACCUUAGCUUUGGUAAUACAUUUACAACUUGUGUUUUGGGGGUUUUUUUGUUUGUUUUUAAAUCUUAGCAGUCAUUCCUUCCUUCCCACCCCUCAUAUCUUGUAUCAAAGACUGACAUUCCCUCCUCUACCCUUAGCCACCUCUCUCCUGCUUGCCUGCCAGUGUGUUGGGAGCUUACAGUUUCCCAGGGCAUCCCUACUGCUUCUCAACCCACCAUGCUAUUUUUACAGAGCCAGAGAGAGGAUGCAACACUUCAAAUGCAGGGAAUACGCACUUCAUCUUGUCCACAGUGCUGUACAACUCCCACACAUGAUCCAGAGUGGGGCAGGAAUGAGCUUCCCUGCAUGUGACAUGAGGGUUGUGCCUCUCAGGAUGAUCUCAUUUUCUUCAGCUCUUCCCUUUAACAAUCCUGCUUUCUUAUUUCCUUAAAGGACUCUGCUAAAGAAAAAGCCUGUCCCUGCAGUGCCAGUGUAGCACUGAAGCCUGUCUUCCAUUCCCUAUUUGUUGGUCUCUAGUGGUUUGCCUCUUACAUCCAGGCAGUGCUGCCGAAGAACACUGCCCAUUUCCUAGAUGUGCUGUCAACCCUCAACUUUGUACUAAAUCUACCUUGGGAUAAGAGUUGGGUGCACGUGGUUCUUCCUCUGGCUGGAAGCCUGGGCACAGCAUGGGGUGUUUCUAUAGGACCUUUUUCUACUUAAUUCCAUUGAAGUUUCAGGGCUCAGUGGGGUAGUAGAAGUGUUCACUGCUGAGAGGUGUGUUUAACUGCAGGUUAUAGAGACUUCAUUACCCAGAGCUCUUUACAUAUGAAAAUGAUAGAAAUGAAGAUUCCCAGCUACUUCUAGCCAUGGGAUAGACAUCCAUCCAAAGUAUGGUCAUAUGUUGUAGCAGCUCUAUUAAUCCAUGCCUUGGAGAUGGUCCUGUACUCUAAUGCAAAAUGUCUGCUAUAGGAAAA